GAACGGCCGUUCUCUUUCCGCCAUGUUCACUGUUUUCUCUUGCUUGCUCUCCAUCUCCCCACAAUAAGGAGAGGAAGAAGGAACUUAGAAUUCUGAUUCCAAGGAUUCAUUGCGAUAAGGGAAAAGUGGGAAGUCUAGUACUGAGGUCUGAUCCCGGUACAUUCUAUUUGCUGGAAGAGAUAAAAAGGAAAGAGGCAUUAGCUUAGAAAAGAAUCAAACUCAUAGGAGGAAUUCUUUUAUUCUAUCUAAGUUUUGGCUGCGCAAAAGGAUUCAGUUUCCUGUCCUGCUACAUAUUAAUUUUUUGUUUCUUCACUGUAGAACAGAUAAAAUAAUCUUAGGGUGGUUAUAUCCAUCAUCUCAUCAUGAGUUUUAGAGAUGAGGUUGAGGAUGGAACUAGCAGGGACCUUAAAAAGCCAUUCCUCCACACUGGCAGCUGGUACAGAAUGGGAUCAAGGCAGUCCAGCAUGAUGGGUUCAUCCGCUGUCAUCAGGGAUAGCUCAAUCUCUGUCGUCCUGUGCACCUUGAUUGUUGCCCUGGGCCCUAUUCAAUUUGGUUUCACUUCAGGAUACUCAUCACCUACACAGUCUGCCAUCAUUAAAGAUCUUGGCUUGACCACCUCAGAGUUCUCGUUGUUUGGUUCCCUCUGCAAUGUUGGGGCCAUGGUUGGGGCUAUUACAAGUGGUCAGAUUGCAGAGUAUGUUGGACGUAAAGGGUCAUUAAUGAUCGCUUCAGUUCCAAAUAUCAUUGGGUGGCUGGUGAUAUCUUUUGCCAAGGAUUCAUCUUUUCUAUACAUGGGUAGGUUACUGGAAGGAUUUGGUGUAGGAAUAAUCUCAUAUGUGGUGCCUGUGUAUAUAGCAGAAAUAUCUCCACAAAAUAUGCGUGGAGCUCUUGGAUCUGUUAAUCAGUUGUCUGUCACAAUCGGCAUAAUGCUUGCAUAUCUCUUGGGGCUAUUUGUACAUUGGCGGAUACUUGCUGUAUUAGGAAUCUUUCCCUGUACAAUAUUAAUUCCUGCUCUGUUCUUCAUCCCUGAAUCUCCAAGAUGGUUGGCAAAGAUGGGUAUGAUGGAGGAUUUUGAGGUUUCUUUGCAAGUUCUACGUGGUUUUGAUACUGACAUUUCCCUUGAAGUUAAUGAUAUCAAGAGAACUGUAGCCACCUCAGGCAAACGUACCACUGUAAGGUUUGCUGAACUGAAGCGCAGGAAAUACUAUAUGCCUUUAAUGAUUGGAAUUGGGCUUCUGAUCCUUCAACAGUUAAGUGGAAUAAAUGGGAUCCUUUUCUACUCAAGUACCAUAUUUUCAACUGCUGGAGUCUCAUCAAGCGAUGUUGCAACACUCGGGAUUGGAGCUGUUCAGGUUGUUAUGACAGGAGUCGCUACAUGGUUAAUGGACAAAGCAGGCCGUAGAAUCCUGAUGACUGUGUCUUCUAUUGGAAUGACCAUAAGCCUUCUCCUUGUCUCAGUCGCAUUCUAUGUGAAGGAUUUCAUCUCUGAGAGUUCUCAUCUUUAUAGUGUAAUGAGCAUUCUAUCUUUGGUUGGCCUGGUGGCAUUUGUCAUUUCCUUCUCUCUUGGAAUGGGAGCUAUUCCAUGGCUGAUAAUGUCUGAGAUAAUGCCGGUCAGCAUUAAGAGUCUUGCUGGAAGUGUGGCGACUUUGGCCAACUGGUUGAUGUCCUGGGUGGUUACAAUGACUGCAAACUUGCUCUUGACAUGGAGCACUGGAGGAACCUUUACAAUCUACACAGUUAUCAAUGCCUGCACUGUGCUGUUCGUUUUAUUUUUUGUGCCGGAGACCAAGGGGCGGACUCUGGAAGAAAUACAGGCUUCAUUCAGAUAAAUGUACAGUUUUGGUGGAGGAUUACACUCUUCAUGAAUGGUUGCCGGUGGCAACUCAGCGAUAGGUUAAGGGCACCAGCAUCAGUUCGAUUACUAGUUUAUGGUCAUCGGCUCGCAGUUGUCGCUCUUAUCUUUUUCUUGGGCUUUCCUGUUUCUGUUUGUUUUGCACAAUGUAACGUUCAUCGGUUUUGCUUAUUGCUGUGCGCAUUAAAAUUUUACCAUGAACUCAUCCUAGGGAGUUCUCUUCCUGUACGUUUUUGUGCUUCUGCAUUUCCUUUCGGGCAUCUUCCUUCUCAUUCUUGGAAUAGGUCCGUGAAAAUGCACAUUUGUCCAAUUGCAUUUAGAAAUAAAUAUUUCACCUGUAUAACUUGGAUGUGAA